UCUUUCCUCUUUCCUCCUCCACACACACACACACACACACAAUGACCAAAAACGUGGAGGGCUCGAGGGAGGACCUGUGUAAGAUCCCAGACGAGGAGCUGGUGAAGUGGAGUAAGGAGGAGCUGGUCCGGAGGCUGCGGAGGGCGGAGGCGGACAAGAUGAGUGUGAUGAUCGAGCACGGGAACCUGAUCAAGGAGGUCAACCGCCGGCUGCAGGUCCACCUGACCGAGAUCCGAGGCCUCAAGGAGGUCAACCAGAAGCUGCAGGAGGACAACCAGGAGCUGAGGGACCUCUGCUGCUUCCUGGACGACGAUCGGCAGAAGGGCAAGCGGGUGUCCCGCGAGUGGCAGCGCCUGGGCAGGUACGCGGCCGGUCUGAUGCGCAAGGAGGUGGCUCUGUACCUGCAGAAGCUCAAGGACCUGGAGGUCAGGCAGGACGAGGUGCUGAGGGAGAACCUGGAGCUCAGGGAGAUGUGCCUGAUGCUGGACGAGGAGAAGAGCGGGGCUGGGGCUGGGACUGGGGCUGGGCUGGGGCUGGGUGUCGGGACAGGGUUUGCGGCGGGCAAUAGGGGUUCCCUGGACAGCGCCGGCGGUUUGCUCCAUCUGAACCCCAUCACCUCGUCCAUCACCACCACCACCACCACCACCAGCAGCAGCAGCGGCGGUGGUGCCGGCGCUGGGGCUCUGAUGAGGGACGUUGGGGACGGGAGCAGUACCUCCAGUGCGGGCAGCACGGACAGCCCUGACCAUCAGCACCAGCACCACCUGCACCAGCAGCACCAGCAGCAGCACCAGCAGCAGCACAACCACAAGCACUCGGCCGGGCCGGGGGGCAGCCCCGAGCACCUGCAGAGGCACCGGGGAGGCGGAGGGAGCCCCGAGAAGCACCUGGUGAGCGGUGGCAGCCCCGAGCACCUCCAGAAACAGCAGCAGCAGCAGCAACAACAGCAACAACAACAACAACAACACAGCCUGAGCUCCUCCUGCAGCAGCCCCGAGCAUCAGAAGCACUUGAUGGCCGGGGGUCUGGCGAACGCAGCCGAGCAGCAGCAGCAGCAGCAGCAGCAGCAGCAGCACCGCGGUGUCAGCCCCGAGCGACUGAAGCAACAUUACGGUGGCAGCCCCGAGCAUCUCAAACAUCUGGGCAGCGGUGGAGGCAGCAGCCGGGAGGGGACUCUGAGGAGACCACCACCACCACCACCACCAGCAGCAGCAGCAGCAGCAGCCGACGAUCUUUCGCCUCAUCACAGAAGUGUGUACAAUGGGAUGAAUGAGCCAGCCCUGGCCUAUGUUAAACAGCUGGAAGCUCGCGUGAAACAGCUAGAAGAGGAGAGCCGAAUGCUACCACAGGUUCCUCCGAGACUUUUGUCAGGGGCUGAGUCAUCUCUGAGCCAUCAAGCUGGUAAAAGUGGAUAUAGCUCGCCUACCCAGAAACCUGAGGCUGUGGUACAUGCAAUCAAGGUCAUGGAAAUGCAAGAAAACACGGACAAAGAAGGCGCAGAGGAUUAUGAGCAUGACCUGAGUGAAACAGAAAAAGCUAUAGUCAGAGAAAUGUGUAAUGUUGUGUGGCGGAAGCUGGGAGAUGCAGCAGCGUCAAGCCCAGCAAUCAGACAGCACCUGUCAGGAAAUCAGUACAAAGGACCAAUGUAACUGGGCUUAUUUCUCGUUGUACUAACUAGAAGAAAUUUUUAAAAAAACUUUUUUUUAAAAAAAAAGAGAGAAAAAGCAGUAGUGUCAAUAAGAAGGCAAUUUUUCACCUUGAUUUGAAGAGAACCAUUCAGCAUGUCUAUUGGUUUGAAGCAGUAGCACUCCCUACUGGAAAAGAUGUGUAAUUGCAUGUUCAACCAG